ACCCUGCUGUGAUUGGAGCAGCCAUUGGAGGGAUGCUCAUCGCUGCCAUAGCAACCGUUCUGCUGUUCAUGUACAUCAUCCGCAACCGCAACAACAACCCCCGACUCCAUGACAUGCUGUUUGGAAUGCAGCACAGCCGGUCCAGGGAGAACAUCAACUUCCCUGAUGAUGAGGUGAUGGGAGGAGUUGAGGGAGAGGGAGGAGCCACAGAACAUUUCCCCUCCCCUAGCCCAGGUCCGUCCAUGUCCUCUCCUAGGGCUGCCUCCCCUGUCUCCCCUCCUCUCCCCACUGAGGACAACGAACCUGUCAACGUCACCAUCACCGUCAUGGCAACAGGAUGAAGAACACACCCAUCCAUACAUACUGGAUAAUGCUGCAUUCAUAACCCUAACUCUGAAAAUACAAUUUGUAUUAAAAGUACAGCUAUCAUGCUCAAAAACAAAUUAUAGCGUUCAAAUACUAUACCAAUAGAUCGUUUUUCAUAAAUAAUGUUUUACUGUUGCAUUUAACUUCAGAAAAUGCUGUUAUCAAGGUAAUUUCCUUAGUAUGUGAUGUCAGUUCAGCAUGUGGGAGAAGUCGAAGCUCAGAGAUGACAGACAAGUUUCCCACUAGUAAUUACCAGUUGAGACGAGUUUCCCACUAGUAAUUACCAGUUGAGACGAGUUUCC